AUGGAAUUCAAAAUAGAAGUAGCAAAGGACCUGCUAUGCAUGGGAUGCUUGUGUGUUGAACAAACUUUACGUGAAGUUACUAAUGAAAAAUUAAAGCAGUAUUAUUUGGAAUGCUUAAAUGAAGUUCCUCUUUGCAAUAUGCUUAAAACAAUAAGCAUUUGUUGGGAGUGCAAUGCAUUGUUGAAGAAGGCAAUAUCCUUUAGAGAGCAAGUGAAGGACUCCUACAGAAUACUCCAGACUUACACUAGUGAGAAUCUGGCAGAAUGUCUUCUGACAGAUGUCUCUCGACCACCAAGAUUAAAAGUGUGUGUCAUUGACUCAAUUGAUGUGACAACAAGUAAGGAUGUUCAGGAUGAAGUUGAACAGCCUCCCAGAGUGUACUCAGCCAAUGUCAAGAAUGAACCCAAAAUCGAGGCACAAGAAAAAGAUGCACAAGUUGCUGGAACCAAUAGAGGAAGUAUGGACAGUCCAAUGAGAGGCUCAGACAGCUCGGAUGAAGAACUAGAGAUCAGGUUGCAGAGGCAUCUCAGUGAUGAUAAUUUAAAAAACAAGAAAGAGGUUACAAAUUCAUCUUCAAAUGACAAUAAUAAAAAAUCCUUAGAUAUUGACGAUUUAGAAAUGGAUAAACCAAAAGAAUUACAAAUUGUAUGCGUGAAGGAGGAAGUGAAUGUUGAAUAUGACAAGAAAGAUAUAGAAGAGGACUCGGACCAAAGAGACUGUCCAACUUCGGACUGUUCAGACACAGAACUCGAGUCGAACUUGCAGAAAUUCCUCAAAACGAAGAAAGUUGGAAAGAAAGUCAAAAGUAAUUUAAAGGCUGUGGUUAAAAAGGGAAAGAAGACCGUGAAGCGGAAACAUAACAAGGUCAAAAAGAGUGAAGAAGUUGACCCGGAGAAGAAGAUACUGACAGUGAAGUUGAGCUAUGAGGAAAUGCUUCUGGAAAGACAGAAGGAAUCAUCCAAAGAGACAUUCUCUAAAGCUGUAUAUAAGUGUGAAACUUGUCUCAUUGGCUUCAAUAACAGCAAGGCAUAUAAAAGUCAUAUAGCCAACAAACAUUCACCGAAUCUGGGAAAGUACAGCUGCCCUAUAUGCAACACUGUCAUAUCGUCCGUAGACUCGUUUACUGAGCACUGCAAGAGACAUUUCAGAAGAUAUGAGUGCAUCAUUUGUCGCAAGCGGACCAUGGACAAGAAGGCGAUCGAACAACAUUACUUUUCCACACACGAGAUAUCCUUGAAGGAGUACCAGUGCAAUCUGUGUGGGAAGAUAUCCAAUUCGAUCGACAGUCACCGCUAUCACCGCGACAGUCACAAGGCGCGUGUCCAGUGCCCGGAGUGCGACAAGACGUUCAGCCACCGCGCAGGACUCAUGAACCAUCGCCUAGCUGUACACGAAUUACAAAACACGUUCCCUUGUACUAUAUGCGACAAGGUGUUUAGAUGGAGGACCAGUCUCAAGAGGCAUUUAGAGAAGCACGACUUGAAGGCAAAGGGAACUGCCGGUGGGGGAGAAGCUUUCUGUGCGACUUGCGGUAUCGAGUUCUCUUCCCUCUGUUCGUAUCGACGCCAUCUGCGAAACAGUUUGAAGCACGUCACGAGGGACCAGCUCAAGUUUAUUUGCGACCAUUGCAACAAGCGUUUCGCGGACAAGACCAAGCUGAGGGACCAUAUUGAGGAGAAGCAUCUACACAAAGUUUACCAUUGCCAUAUUUGUAAUAAGGCGACGAAGAACCGCGUGGGCCUAGAUCAGCAUAUUCGUUAUGUACACAAGAGCCGGCCCAACAACAAAAUGUGCCACUACUGCGGCAAAGGGUUUCCGACCAAAGUCCAGCUGGAGUCCCACAUUCGGACUCACACUGGGGAGAGGCCGUUCAUAUGCGAGUACUGCCCCACGACCUUCUCCCAGAAGUCAAACUUGUACAAGCAUAAUCGCCAGGUUCAUCUGAACAUUAAAACCAAGCGCUAUCCACUGUGUAAAAAGAGAAAAGAAGAAAGGAAGUCAACAGAGCCCAUAUACCAGUCCACAGAGGAACCCAGUCAGAAGCAACCGGAAGAACAGAAAACAACACCACACUACCCAGAAAACCUUUUUAAUAGUGUACCGAGACAGAGGAACGAAUAUGUCCUUGGUUGGUGA